AUGCAUGCAAAUUCUGAGGCUCGCUAUAUUGGACUUGGCCGCAGCAAUAAGGGUUUUAGCGCAGUGUUCCCUCAUCCAGACAAGGGUCAGUUUCUAGUUGUGGAGAAGUUGAGGCUUGGAAUGGAUUCGAGUACUAAAGGGUCAGUACUAGUUGAGCAGGAUGAUGAUCUAGCUGCUGAGCAGAAGGGUAAUGAUGGUGGAACAGUUUUCAGUAGUCCUACUACUACUAAAGGUAUGAAGGAUUACUCAAGAACUAGUACUACUACAAAAGCAGAUGUUGUUCCAGAUGUUAAGCCUCAUGUUAGAGCUUCUAUGUCUGUACCGCAACAGAAUAAAAAUCGCGACAAGAACAUCAACCAUGGUGACAAAACUAGUAGUAAUCCUGGGAUUUACUCCGACUAUUCAAGACCAAGAACGCGUCCUCCCUCCCACAACUGAACUCUAGCUCACUUAUCCGUGGAUCAUUACUUGGUUCCUUCUCUAAAUUAUAUAUAUACGAGUAUAUAACAUGUCAAACUAGCUUUCAUAUAAAAGUAUUUGCAGAAAAGAGCCUAGGAAGUUUAUCUGAUCCAUCUCUGAUCAGCACUCAGUUAUUUGCUAGUUGUCGAAUUGAACAUAAUUGUUCCCAGUUUUGUAAACGGACUACAAAUUAAUAACUAUGAUCUUCUUAUACAUGUCUGUUGUUGUUAUUGAUUGAUAGGGAUAAUGGAAUACGCAGGGAGUGAGAUUUUUGAGUCUUCUA